AUGCAGGAUCACAAGCACAUCAACUUGAACCUUUCGUCACAGGUGGAGUGGCCGUCACUGCCACAGCGUACAAAAUCAACAUGGGAUCCAGAAUCAACGUGGGAUCCAGAUGCAACGUGGCCCGAGAGGCAAGCGUGGGCCAAAGAAACAGCAACAUGGGCCUAUCUCUCAUGGCCCGCGCCUGAACCGCAGCUAUAUGCACCUCGCGACCAUUUCCACUACCAGAAUCCGAGGUGCAAGCGCCCCAGCGGUAACGAGAGACUCGUGGGCUACGCAGCUGCGGUCAGACAAGGUCUGAGUAGAGAACCACUACUACGUCGCAUUGCUCAGACUGGUGGGCAGACCGAUCCUCCCGUCGAGCUGAAGCUCGAGAUCCUGUCCCACGUCUUCUGUGACUGGGACAUCUCGGUAAAGGAGGGCUACAUUAUCGAGACCGAAGAAGACCCUGUUACUCGGCUGUUCCAUGACUGCCAGGAUCUCGAGGAUCUUCGCAGCAUUGCUCUCACCGCAGCUCGUGAGUCGGUCACAUACCAAGACUCCUACAUGAAAGACUGGGAUGCCAUCACUCUAGCUCACGAGACUUUCGCUACCCACAAUGGGCGCCACGAGAUCCGUAACUUCAGAUACACCUCUUGGCCUGGACCUGAGCUGGAGCUUCUGUUCGACCUCAUUUCCGGCGUGCCCGAUAAGUACGACUCCAUCAACCCAAACAUCAAGUUCUACAAGGAGCCUGAGGAGGCACGUAAGCUGUUAGCACCGAUGAGUGCGCUCCGCCAUGUCACAUUCGCGUUCCGCAGCGAUCACGAGCAUGCGCUCCUUGCAGAACUGCUGGAGUUCGAUCACCAGGGAGUGUGCGACAGGCUACGGCACUUAUGCAACAGCCUUCUCGCCAUGAAGAAGUUCAAUCCCCGCACGAAAGUCGCUCUCGAGACUGUUACACGGGACAACACUUACUCCGCUCUGAACAUCCAGCCUGACCCACUGCCUAAAGACGUGUGGAGCGAGCUCCUUGGCAAGCUGAAGGAGAUCUGCGACCACGACCUUGCCAGACAGCAGUACGAGAUGGAUAUCCUGGAUCAAACCAUGUCGGAUUGA